AUGGAGGGUUUCUUCUUCCUUAUUUACCAUCAUGCUAUUGCCACCAAAAAGGCAGAAGACCGAGAUACACGUCUAAAAUUGCAAAUAGCCUUAACCCGCCAGGAGGCUAAAAUGCUUUUUACAAAUGCAGGUGAAACUGAUUUCAGAGGCUCUGAGACUGCAGAGGACGGCAGCCCUGACGGGGGAACAAGAGCCAUUCUGAUGGCUGUUCAAGUGCACAUCAUCGCCUACCUGCUCUUCAUAAGAAACACAGAAUACACUCACCUGGACAGAAUUCAUGUCUCCUUUACAACACCUCCCACCCCCUACCCUCGUGCCCAACAGAUCCAACUGUUUGAGUUCUCUGAGAAAGCAGCAGCUCAGGAGUUCAUCCUCGGCCACAUAAACUCCUUCAAAGACGAAGGAAGUAACGGAGUGAUCCUGUUUUUAUACAGUUUACUUUUCUCCAGGACGCUUGAAAGCCGGCCGCCCCCACACCGACUGUCCGUGCCCCGGGCACCGAGGAGCCGUGAGAUCCCGGGGCUGCGGACGCCCCGGCUGCCCGCCUGGCUGUGCGGCCUCAGCGGCAGGCACGGUGUCCUCCUCGGCACCGGCGGCCGGCUCCUCUCCGACUGGAGAAGGGAGAGAGUCUUCCACCUGUACUUCUACAGCAGGCAGGCAAAGACAGCCCACUUAACAAUAGGUAUGCACCCGAGCUCACGGGGCACCACACCGGGUAUGGGUGUCACAUACCGACUGUGCAUAGACGCCUGUAUGUGUGUGGCCAGGUGGGUCUUACACGUAGAGUUCCAUGUUCUGUGUUUAAUGUACAUACGCAGGCUGUUUAUAACAUUAACCUGUCCCAGAACGCGAGGAGCCCGCUCCAAACAAUGGUGUGAAACAACACAAAGAGAACCCUGGCUUCGAAAGGGCCGUGGCCAUUUCGGAAGGGGUAACGCUCUCAAGCUGGUGGCCCGUUGCUGGCGAAGCUGUAGGAGCCUUUUCUCUGGGGGGGCCAGCUCCUCGGUGCCUGCCAAACGCCGGGGCGCUGACACCCCCAAGCCCACAGCUGGUUGCGGGGCACGGCGGGUGCUCAGCACCGCGCGAGGCCGCGGCCGCGCUGCUCUCCGGGGCCGGGGGCUGAGCGGGGCUCCGGCGGGCGGAGGAGCCAGGGAGCCACCGGCCUCACCUCCCCGGGCGCGCAGCCCGCGGUCCCUGCCCGGCACAGGGGCCACUCGGGGCUGCGCCGCUUCCCCCCCGGCUCCCAGCUGCAGCCAAAGAGCUGUUACUGGAGAAGUGACAGUUUUUCAGGGUACAAGAUGCGACUGUCGCUUCUCUGUUAAAUACUCAACACGGACGCCCUGUUUGAAACCGUAUUUCACCGGUCCCGCACGGUGCGGGGGGCAGCCCCCACCAGCCCGGGGAGGCCGAGUCGGCGCUGCCCCGCGCUCCCUCCUGGGGCAGGUGGGCAGCACACCUGCGGCAAUCCAGCCGCUUCUGCCUUUCGCCGUUUCUAAAACUUUUCUGAGGGGGGGUUGGGGUUUUUUUAGAUUUUUUUUUUUUUUUUUUUUUUACUGCGUUUCCUUUUCAGACACUCAUUUGCAUCCCUGGGAGGAGGAGGAGGAGGGGGAGCGCGGUGGGGACCCAGGGCAGAGGCGUCCGCCCGUGGAGGUGGCCAUCAGGACCAAGUGGGCAGGCGCGACCGUCAGCUGGAACAGGACAGACCCCUUCUGAAACGGUGCUGGACCCACCGGGAAAGCCUGCCCCGGUGCAGAGCGGGCGCCCGCGGCCCUGCCUCACUGCACACAUUUCCAGGCGCGAGGGUGCAGGUUCUUCAGCUCCCCACGGCAGCUUUCCUCCCACGCCAGGCGGAGAUGUUACAGAAAUCGGGGUUUCUCUUAAGAGUGCAGUGGACGUGAAAUCCAUGUUGGCCGUUAGCAAUAUUGUGUGCACCUGAUUUAUUUAAUCCAGUCCGUGCAACUAAUUUAGCUGUUUGCAACGAGUAAAGUUUCCUCCCAGCUCUCUCCAUCUGUGACCUCUGCAGCCGCGUCUCCCUCCCGCUUCAGCACCAGCUCGAGCGUGGACCCCGGCCGGGCUGGCUCAGGGGGCUGCCCUGCACCCCGCGCACCCGCGGGGAGGGCAGCUCGCCCGUGGGGACCGGGGCAAAAGGAGCUCUCAUGAGGGGCUCGCUGCUGGGCAGUCACUGACUCCGAGCGCGGCCGAGUCCUGGCACCCUGCGGCACCUCGGCGAGCAGGGCACAUCGCUCCUUGCUUGUGUUAACCGCUUUCCGCUUCCUUUUUUAUAGACAUCACCCAAAAAAAGACCUAUUAGUCAUACCGAAAUGUGUGUUGCUAGUGACAACUGUACGGAGAACAAUAAACCUUUCUGCAACUCA